UCAAUAUCGGUCACUACUGCCAUUGCUUCUGCGAUUGCAUCUACUCAGCGCUUUCACUGCAUUCUUCAAGACAUCUUGCACAGAAGAAGAUUUCUUCUGGAUGAGAUGGAGCUUCGACGGUCUUCGAGGAUUCGGCGUCGCCCUGCCUGGCACGCCGACUACGUGAUGGACUUCCCGGUGCGACAGUCCAUCAGGCAGCAGAGGGUGGGGGCUGGAGAUGCUCUCCAAGAGACAGAGGACAUGGCACUGCCUUCUUCACAGCCUGCUCUUGAUCUUCCUGAGGAGGAGCUUGAACAAACUGAAGAGGUGGCAUCGCCAUCUUGUCAGUCUGUGAUAGUUCACCCUCAGGAGGAUCCUGUACAGGAUGAGGGGAUUGCAGCGCCAGCUCCCAAGCCUGUGAUUGAUCUUCCAGAGAUGGAGCUUGAACAAACGGAAGGGAUGGCAGUGCCAUCCUCUCAGUUUGUAAUAGCUCCCUCUCAGAAAGAUCAUGGUCUUGCAUGGGCCUGGGAGAUGGUAUCGCUAUCUCCUCUGGCUGCUGGAGGUCAUCCUUCCUGGCUUCCAUUUCGAUGCUGGCCUCCGCUGGAAGUGAUUCCCCAGGAUCAGCCACCACCAGAGGGUAAAUCAGUAAGUCAGUCAGUCAGUCAGUCAGAUAGAAUGGCUUCUUUCUCCUGUUUGGAGUGGAUAGUAAGAAUGGCGACUUUUUCCUGUUUGGAGUGGAUGGUUAAGAAUGGCGACUUUCUCCUGUUUGGAGUGGAUAGUGAGAAUGGCAACUUUCUCCUGUCUGGAGUGGAUAGUAAGAAUGGCGACUUUCUCCUGUUUGGAGUGGAUAGUAAGAAUGGCGACUUUCUCCUGUUUGGAGUGGAUAGUAAGAAUGGCACUUUCUCCUGUUUGGAGUGGAUAGUAAGAAUGGCGACUUUCUCCUGUUUGGAGUGGAUAGUAAGAAUGGCAACUUUCUCCUGUCUGGAGUGGAUAGUAAGAAUGGCACUUUCUCCUGUUUGGAGUGGAUAG